CUCCCAACUUUUGUUAUUUCAACCGUAGCGAGUUGUACGUUUUAUUACCUUCGAUGGCUGAGAAAUUUCUUGGGCAAAAUAGACUAGAUCGAAAUUCCUGAAAACACUCGAAAUACAUUUCAUAUACUCUAAAGGUUUUCCUUAAAUUCUCUAUUAAUGAAUUCGGAAACGAAAGACCUGGAUUUAAGAAAGGGCGAUGUAGAAAGACCGCACUUCGAGGCAGUUACCACAUUGUCGGAUUCCCAGGCGAUUCGAAGCGUUGACUUUCAUCCGAAUGGAAAGUUGUACGCGGUGGGCUCCAACUCCAAGACCUUUCGCAUCUGCCAGUACCCCCAGCUGUCCAAGCUGAGACAUGGCCAACAGACGGCGGUGUAUCCCCCAUCCGUUCUGUGCAAGCGAACGAAACACCACCGGGGAUCCAUAUACUGCACCUGCUGGUCGCGGGAUGGCGAACUCAUUGCCACCGGAUCGAACGACAAGACCAUCAAAUACAUGAGGUUCAACAACGACACCAAUCAAUUGGUGGGUCACGAGAUGGAGCUGAAUAUGCACGACGGCACGGUGCGGGACAUGUGCUUCCUGGACGACUCGUCCACCAAGUCCAGACUUUUGGCGAGUGGCGGGGCGGGGGAUUGCAAGAUCUAUAUCACAGACUGCGGAUCUGGGACUCCCUUUCAGGCUUAUAGUGGCCAUAGUGGGCACAUCCUGUCGCUCUACAGCUGGAACAAUGCGAUGUUUGUGUCGGGAUCUCAGGAUCAAACGAUACGUUUCUGGGAUCUGCGAGUAAACGUAUCCGUGAACACUUUGGACAAUGAACGGAAAGAUGGUGGAUUGGAGAACUCGGCGGUCACAGCAGUUUGUGUGGAUCCCACAGGCAGACUCUUAAUUUCCGGACAUGCUGACAGCUCUUGUAUUCUGUACGACAUUCGUGGCAAUCGACCCAUUCAGCGCUUCUAUCCCCACACCGCUGAAAUAAGGUGCGUCCGCUUUUCCCCAUCCGCCUACUACAUGCUGACUUGCAGCUACGACAACUCGAUCAGGCUAACAGAUCUGCAGGGAGACCUGGCCCACGAACUCUCCUCCGUGGUGGUGGCGGAGCACAAGGACAAGGCCAUCACCAUCCGAUGGCAUCCAACCGAGUUCUCAUUUAUCUCCACGUCCGCGGAUAAGACGGCCACAUUAUGGGCCCUACCGCCUUCGUAAGGGGUAAAUCAUUGUUCCAAUAACGGCUUUAAUUUCGUUGUCAAUAUUGUAUUUCUGCAGAAUAGUUCAGACUGAUCUAAUUUAUUAAAUAAACCGCAUUCCAUUAAA